AUGAAGUUUGUCCUAUUAUCGAUCUGUCUGUCUGUCUUGGACUACACAUUCACCGAGGCUUCGGAACCUUAUUAUGUCAUCACCGUACCAUCCCAGAUGCAUCAUCCAUCCGUAGAAACAGUCUGCGCCACUUUCCUCUACCUAAAGGACGAAAUAAAUAUUAAACUGGAGCUGUACCGGGAUGAACAUUCUUACCUGCUGGCUGAAGAUAAAAUUAGUCUCCCCAAUUACUUUCGUUGUUUCCUUUUUGAGGUUCCUUUUGUGAAAGGAGGGGAAAAGCAAGUCUGGUUUUUCCACAUCUCAGCGCAAGGAGAGAACAUCAACAUCAACCAAACCAAGAAGGUCCUACUGGUCAAAGGAAAGCCUAUGACCAUCAUCCAAACCGAUAAACCCCUCUACAAACCCGGGCAGACAGUGAAGUUCCGGGUGGUUACUGUGGAUAAAGAUUUCUAUGCUCGCGAUGAUAAGUACCCGCUGGUGGAGCUCCGGGACCCAAAUGGAAACCGUAUUGGUCAGUGGUUGGAUGUCUCACCUGUACAAGGAAUUGCAGACUUCACCUUUCCCUUGGCAGAGGAGCUAACACUUGGAGAAUAUACGAUUACAAUUCCCAAUCAGUUUGUGAAAUCUUUUUCAGUUUCUGAGUAUGUACCAAAGAGGUUUGAGGUCAAUAUUUUUCUGCCAUCAAGAGAUGCCCUGACAGAUGACAUUUUUACAGUAAAAGCUUGUGGAAGAUAUAACUAUGGGAAGCCAGUCCUGGGCUCCAUUACCUUCUCUAUCUGUCUGCAAGCGAACAACCCAUGGGAAGUUUUAUUUGAAGAUGUUGAAGAAGAUGAUAUGAAGGCAGGGAACAGUGAAAUGUGUCAAAAGAUAUCAGCUGAACAGACUGAUAGCAGAGGCUGCGUUUCCAAAAACAUCGACCUUCGCCUAUUCAAUUUCUCAAACUCAGAUUCUGAACAACACUUAAAUAUCUCAUGCGUUCUAACAGAAGACAGCACUGGCCACAUGGAGACUGCAUCAACCACGAUCUCCGUAGAUAACCUUCAACAAAUGUAUUUUGUAGAUGUUGAAAGCUAUUACCAAAAGGGAAUUCCUUUCAGUGGAAUGGUGCACGUCAAGGGCAGAGAAGGACGUCCUAAGCGAAACACCACUGUUUUCCUGGAAGUGAAUGUUGAUGACAUUGAAUUAAACAUGGUUUUUUUGACCAAUGACAAAGGAAUUGCACAUUUUAAACUCGACACAUCAGAAUGGAAUGACUUAGUGUCACUCAGGGCUAAGUUUUCAUUGGAUGAAGAUGAAAAUAUUUUUUCGGAAGCAUUCAUGUGGUUGUACCCCUUUUACUCUGAGAGUAACAGCUUCCUGAAGGUGGAGAAAAUUUCAUAUCCGCUAUCUUGUGACACUGAGCAACCAAUCAGAGUGGAAUAUGUCAUCAACAUGAAGGAUCUUGGUCCCAAUUUUGACCAUCUUUCCUUCUUCUACAUGAUACUUGCUAAAGGUGGAAUCAAUGGUCAUGGGGAAUACAAAUUAAAUGUUGCAGGACAGUGGAAUGGCUCACCGCUGCAAGGCUCAUUCAUACUGAAGAUCCCUGUCGCCAUGGAUCUGAUUCCCGAAGCCACACUUAUGGUUUUCACCGUAUUACCUAACGGAGACGUGGCGGCUGACCGGGCAAAAUACGCAAUCCCAACGUGCUUCAGAAACAAGGUGGGAAUUGAGUUCUCUGAGAAGAAAGUGCGACCCGGGAGAAAGGUGAACUUGGGAAUCAGAGCCGAAGCCGGAUCAUUAUGUUCCAUCCGCUCUGUGGAUAAAGGACUUUUGCUCCACCAGACUCAUGAAAAAAGCACACUGUCCUCCACUUUGGUUGAAAUAAUGUCAAGGAUGUUUCAGAUGGACAAAAAUGGCUUCCUGUAUGCGAUAGAAGACUUUGAGAAGUAUCCGUGCCUGGAGAGGGAAUCCCAGUCAACGUCAGAAGGCCUCAAGAUGGAGGCUCCAUGGUUCCAGAGUGAACCCGACGUAUAUAACUUGUUUAAGGGAAGUGGUCUCAAAAUAUUCACCAACACGAAGAUCCGUAAGCCGGUGUCAUGUUUGGUUUCGAAAUUCACUUUACGAAUGUUUAAUAAAAAACAGUCGUUCGUUGAGGAUACAGAUCCCCCUGUUAAUUCAAGUGAAGAGAAUCCAGAAGAUUUCCAGACGAGGACGUUCUUCCCAGACACGUGGUUAUAUGACCUGGUGGUUGUAGGACGACAGGGCCAUUCCCUGUUAAACGUGACAGCACCCGAUAGUAUCACCAAGUGGGUGACGGAUGCCUUCUGCCUCGGGAAGUCGGGCUUUGGAGAGAUAAAUGAUGUGGAACUCACCACUUUCAAGCCUUACUUCAUUGACUUGACCCUACCCUACUCCGUGGUCUUGGGAGAGGAGUUUCCGCUCACCGCCCUGGUCUUCAGCUAUCUAAAGCGGUGCAUGGUGGUGAUGGCGUCCCUUCCUGAUUCGAUGGAGUAUACUAUUGUCCAUGGUACAAAGAAGCAGUACAGCUGCCUCUGUGCAGAUCAGUCUAGCAGCUUUACCUGGAACGUAACUGCGACAAAAAUAGGGACCAUCAAAGUCCAGGUGAGAAGCACCACCUGGAAGCAAGAGGGAGGCUGCGUCGGAACGGACUUUGAGCAGAAAAAGAAAUAUCGUUCUGACUCAGUGGGAAAAAACAUCAAAGUGAAGCCCAGGGGGGUCCUAGAAGAACACACACAGACAUUCCUGCUUUGUCCAUCAGAUAACAGCAUACAAGAAGAAAUACCAUUAAAACUUCCGUAUAAUCUGGUGCCGGGCUCCGAGUAUGCGCAGAUCACGGUACUAGGUGACAUCAUGGGAAGUGCCAUUAAUAAUGUGGGGCAGUCCCUAAAAUUGCCCUUUGGAUGUGGUGAGCAGAAUAUGGUAAAUUUCGCUCCAAAUAUUCAUAUCAUGGAAUAUCUGCAGAGCACCAAGCAACUAACACCCCAACUUAGAGACACGGCUCUGGGAUAUCUAAUCACAGGGUACCAAAGACAGUUGCUGUUCAAACAUGACGAUGGCUCAUAUAGUGCAUUUGGCAAAAAAGACAUUGAGGGUAACACAUGGCUCACGGCGUUUGUGGUGAGAUCUUUCAGUCAAGCGCGAGAGCUCGUCUACAUAGAAGAAAAACACGUUCAAGAAGCCGUGACGUGGUUGAGCAGCCAGCAGUUGCCCAAUGGCUGCUUCCAAAGCGUUGGGACUUUGUUCAACAAUCAACUGAAGAGUGGAGUGGAUGAUGAAGUCACAUUUGCUGCCUACAUAACUAUCGCUCUACUGGAAAGUGGAAUUGUGUAUAAUAGUAGCGUUGUGGAGAACAGCUUGAAGUGCUUGAAGAAUGCGACAAACAAUGUAAACAACACCUAUAGCCAAGCUCUUCUGGCCUAUGCCUUUACGUUGACAGGAGACAGUAGUCUCAGACAUCAUAUGUUGGGUCUCUUGGAGAAGAAAGCAAUAAGGAAAGACGGAAGCAAGCACUGGGCUGUGGAGUCCAGCGACAGUGGAGGCAUUGAGGUGUCCUCGUAUGUUCUUCUGGCUUUACUCUCAGAUAAAACAGUUUCCCACAAAGAUAUUGAGGAGAGUUCACGUAUUGUCAGCUGGGUUAUCAAACAACAAAAUCCAUGGGGAGGAUUUGCUUCCACCCAGGACACUGUUGUGGCUCUUCAUGCUCUGUCUAAAUAUGCAAAAGCUACGUUUACCGAGAAUAGGGAUGUCAAAGUCAAAGUCCAUUCAAGUUCAGGGUUUCAAAAGCAUUUUGUCGUGGACAAGUACAAAAGUUUACUUCUUCAACAAGAACCACUGCCCGAUAUCCCGGGGACAUAUACAGUAGCAGCAACCGGGAGAGGCUGUGUGUAUGUACAGGCUCAUCUGAAAUACCAUGUCCUCCUUGCUAAAUCUGUUACUUAUUUUGCUCUGAUUGUGAGGACGCAGCCCACAGCCUGUCUCCUCGCAGCGCAGAAGAGCUUUGAGAUACUCGUGGAGGUCAGUUACUGUGGGAAUCGAAUUUCAUCAAACAUGGCGAUUGUGGAGGUAGAACUUCUAUCAGGAUUUAUAUCAUCUAAGGGAAGCAUUGAAAAGUUAGAGAAGAAUCCACUUGUGAAGAAAACCGAGGUGACUGCAGAAAAAGUCACAAUGUACUUGGAAGAGCUGAAGCAUGAAACAGAGCAGUUUUCCUUAUUCGUUGAGCAAGAAACUCCAGUGAAAAACCUGCAGCCAGCAAAUGUUCUGGUUUAUGAUUAUUAUGAUCCAGGUGAGCAUGCCGAGGCAGAGUAUAACUCUCCCUGCCGUAAAACACAAGAUCCGGUAAUAUUACUUUAGAGAUGAAGCCAAUAAAAGUGAAACAAUCCAACUUUGGGAUCCGUUUGUAAGCUGCAUAUGUCUUCUGUGUUUCUUUCUGAAAUAAGAGCAAUAAAAAGCACAAAACAUC